GAUCCGAGGCGCGGAUUGAUUGAGCCUCCCGCUCUGUGGAGGGAUCUGUCUCAUUCAGAGUGGAUUAGUCGCCCCCCCCCCCUUUCCCGGGUUACUGCAGCUUGUUCCCCAAAGACUUCCUCUGUCGGGAUAAUAUUUUCUGCCUCACAAGGGUGUUGUGGGAAUUAAUCCAUUAACAGAUACACUGCGCUUGGAAGACAAAAUUGAUUUAUUGUGUUGAUUUAAGUAGCAAGAUGGACUGGACUGGGAAACACAAUGGUCCAAAUGAUACAUCUAGUGAUGGAACAGUACGACUUCGUGGACUGCCAUUUGGUUGCAGCAAAGAGGAGAUUGUUCAGUUCUUUCAAGGGUUGGAAAUCGUGCCAAAUGGGAUAACAUUGACGCUGGACUACCAGGGGAGAAGCACAGGGGAGGCCUUCGUGCAGUUUGCUUCAAAGGAGAUAGCAGAAAAUGCUCUGGGGAAACACAAGGAAAGAAUAGGGCACAGGUACAUUGAAAUCUUCAAAAGUAGUAAGAGUGAAAUCAGAGGAUUCUAUGACCCACCAAGAAGAAUGAUGGGACAACAACGACCGGGACCAUAUGAUAGACCAUUAGGAGGAAGAGGGGGUUAUUAUGGAGCUGGGCGUGGAAGUAUGUAUGACAGAAUGCGUCGAGGAGGUGGUGGAUAUGACGGUGGAUAUGGUGGCUUUGAUGAUUAUGGUGGAUAUAAUAACUAUGGCUAUGGAAAUGAUGGCUAUGACGACAGAAUGAGAGAUGGGAGAGGUAUGGGAGGACAUGGCUAUGGUGGAGCUGGAGAUGCAAGUUCAGGUUUCCAUGGUGGUCAUUUUGUUCAUAUGAGAGGAUUGCCUUUUCGAGCUACAGAAAAUGAUAUUGCUAAUUUUUUCUCACCACUGAAUCCUAUAAGAGUUCACAUUGACAUUGGGGCAGAUGGAAGAGCAACAGGAGAAGCAGAUGUGGAGUUUGUAACACAUGAAGAUGCAGUGGCUGCCAUGUCUAAGGAUAAAAAUAACAUGCAACAUCGAUACAUUGAACUGUUUCUGAAUUCAACUGCUGGAGGAGGCUCAGGAAUGGGAGGCUAUGGCAGAGAUGGAAUGGAUCAAGGAGGUUAUGGCUCUGUUGGCAGAAUGGGAAUGGGAAGCAAUUACAGUGGAGGAUAUGGUACUCCUGAUGGCUUGGGUGGAUAUGGUCGUGGCAGUGGAAAUAGUGGUGGAUACUAUGGGCAAGGCAGUAUGGGCGGAGGUGGAUGGCGUGGAAUGUACUGAAGAGUGACCUUGCUUCUACAAAAUAUCCUGGAAGAAACAGUAUCUGGUCUACUAGACUUUCUUACAAAAUUUAAUUUCUUUUGUAUUUUAAGAACUUUAUAAUGACUGAAGGAAUGUGUUUUCACAAUAUUAUUUGGUAAGCAACAGAUUGUGAUGGGAAAAUCUGUUUUCUGUAGGUUUUAUUUGUUGCAUACUCUGACUUUAAAUAAAUUUUUAUAUUCAAACCACUGAUGUUGAUACUUUUUAUACUAGCUACUCUUAAGGAUGUAUUGCAUAUUCAAGAAUGCAUUUGGUUUAAGAUGUACUAUUGGUUUAUUAAAGGUGGUUGUACUGUAACACUGAUUCAGUUCUCUGUAAACAUGGUAUAAUUGAAUCUUAGAUUAAAGAUACACUUGUUAAAAGGAAUAAGAUAGAAAAGUAGAUUAGUUGGGUUUGGUUACAACCUAUUCUAAAUUGUCUUUCAAGUAUAUACUAUUUAAAAAAAAAUCCCACAACAAAAUAUUAAGUUUAUAGGCAUGGAGGCUAAAAGUUAUAAAGUUGGCUUCCUUGUUUUUCAUGUCAAAAGCACUAUCUUCAAAUGCACAACUGCAUAGGUUGGUUGGUGUCUGAUCUGUGUGCCCAUAAGAAUGGGCAAUUCAGUUCCUCAUUUUGCUGAUCCUUGCACUAAUAUCUAGCAAGUUUCACAUUUACUGAUAAAUCUUCAUGUCUGUAUACUUGCAAACCAAUUUGUCUUGUCAGAUUAUCUUCAACCAUUACUAAAGUUUCUUUUUGCAUAUGGACAGGACACAAAAAUGAAUGGGGCAGAGUACUAGUUAUGUUAAACUAUAUCUGGUUUUAAUAUACUUAAUAUCCAAAACAUGUCAGAAUAUUAAAAGGCAUUAAGUCAAAUUAUGCACUGGUCUCAUUUUCCCAAGUCUGUUCAGAAAAGAAAAUACAAGUAGUUUUGCUGCCGAAUAGCUGAUAAUAGCCUGCAUCUAGUCAAAAUUCGACAGUUUCUUUUUUUCUGAAGAAAGGACUCAUCAUUUUUGGGAGUUAUUUGGCAUCCAAAUACCCCUUCAAAUGAAAGCAAACAUAAGACCAAUACUUGUCAAAAUACUUUCACACAAUCCAACUACAUCUGGGUAAUGUUUUUGUGCAUUUGUGACAUGUAAGAUGUUUGGAACCAUAUUGUUUGAAGACACUAACAUACAUGAUGUAUAAUGAAGAAAAAGGUAUUUCAUAAUUCUCAGCCACUAUGCUCUUCCAAAAUUUAACUGCUUGUCCUUAAAUGCCUCCCUCUAAUUUGUCAAAUGUGCUCUUGGUUAUUGAAAGUUUGUCACCUGUUUUUGCUAGUAAUGUGUUUGUAAUAAAUGUGUUAUUGUGGGA